CCAGUCCCCUCUCCACCUUGACACAGAUUCUCCUGACAAACUUUCCCUCUGAUCUCUCCUUACAGACUACCUUUCAGAUGUUCCUGACUCCUUGCCCAGGAAGCCCUCCUCGGAGGCCCUCACUUCCAUGGGCCUGGGGCAGGCUCCUUCUGCAGCGUGGCCAAACAAAUUGCAGUGCUGGGCCCUCCUCUCCAGCUUCAGCGCUGGAUGGCCCUGUGGAGGACCCCCGAUCAGUUGGACCCGUGCUGGCGAUGCAGAAGGCCUGAGCAGAGCUGCCCCUCACGGUGAGGGCACUGCCUCUCACCUAGGCGGGUGUGACAGGGAGCUGUCCUCAGGAGCCAGUACUGGGCUGCAGCUGGACGUGGCCGAGGCGAGUGACUCUGAGGGGGAAGAGGAAUCCUGGCUCCUUGGGGACCUCCCCACGCCUGUCCUGCAGCGCCUGAAGGAGGAUGUUCUGGGCACGAAGGCGGGCAUGGACACCUUCCAGGAGUUUCUCCAUGGCACCCUGGGGCUCCGGCUCCUUCACCUGUGGCUGGACUGCGAGGAUUUCAAGGAGUGCACCCGAUGCCUAGAGGCCAAUGCCACCAACCAGGAGGCUCAGCUCUUCCGCACAGACCUCCUGCGGCACAUUCAGGAGAAGUAUGCGCUGAACCUGUUUCCCAGCAGCCUGCCAUACGAGACCCAGGGCAGAGCCCCAGAGACGUUUGCCAUCCUCAGCAGGACCCAGUACGAUGCCCUGAGGCGCCUGCGCUCCUACUGGGUUCCCAGGUUCCUCAUCCACCGUUGGCGAGCUGCAUGCCUCAGGCUGGCACCCAAGCCCGGCCAGAAGCCCAAGACUUCCCUGCCUGCCACCUUCCUGCCUUCACUGAAGGUAUUUGAGCUUCUUCCUCCUGUGGGAGACCAACAUGGGGAUACCGUGGACAGAAGCACAGGCUGGUUUUGCGUUCGGCGCUCUGCAGGGAGUGGGAGAGGCAGCGGGGAGCCAUGCUGGCAGCCGAGCAUCCCGUGGCACAUUCCCAAGACACCCUGGACCUCCCGCAUCCUCCGUGCACUGCAGUGUGACCUGAGGGAUGGUGGAGGCUUCCUUUACUACCUGACCAGGUAUGCCGAUGCUCAGACAGUCCAGAGCCUGCUGCUGUGGCAGGCGCUGGAACAGCACUGGCUGGCGUGGGAGCAGCAGGCGGAUGAGACGCAGUGGCACCAUGCGGCCUGGCACAUCUUCCACACAUACCUGGCACCUGGUGCUCCCCGCAAUGCUGGACUCAGCUCUGACAUGCUGCCUUACAUUCAGCAGCUCCAAGACAUGCUCAGCUGCUGCCGUGGACCGCGGGGCCCCAUGCUUUUUGAGCCUGUGGCUCAGCGUGUGUUUACCAUCCUCCACGUGGCUUGGCUCUGCUACUGCCACUAUGAGAUCACCACCUUCCGGGAAUGCUGCGUGCCUGUCUCUCACACUGAAGCCCAGGCUACCAAGAGCAAAGCUCAUGAAGCAAAGAAGGCAAGAAGGCACAAACUCAGAAAGAGCAAAGGAAAUACUGAAUUUCAUGCCCAGGAAGGCCAGGAGCAGCAAAGGAGAAAAAAAAUGCAGUCCAAACUGGAAAGUUCCCCUAGCACUGCCGUGACCAGGGGAGGAGAAGAGCCAGUGCCAUGGCAGCAGGCUGCAGCCCUGCUCACUAACCAAGUAGUUUUUAGGGUUUAUAGGAAGGCAGUGGAAGAGAUACAGCUUUCCUGUGUGCAGAGGGUCCUGGAUCUGCUGCAGACACUGCAGUUGUGCCUCUCAGCCUCAGAGGACGGGAAGCGACUCAGCCACACACGGACACUCCUGGAUCUCUGGAAGCAGCAAGGGAUGGGGCCAGACAGUCCUCAGCUCCCUGUAGAGCUAAAGAAGAGGCUGAAAGCAGAGAUGACCCGGGGAGCAGUGAGCAACUCAAGCCUGGAAGAAAUCCAAGGGGCCUUAUUUUCACAUGUUGCCCCAGCUUUUGAGCAAUUCUGGGCUGAGGUGAACAAGGGAUUGAGCAGGCAUGGUGUGAAGCCCUCCCAGAUCCAGGGAGAUGGCUGGUCCAGUCUUGAGCCUCUUCUGCACACACUGGCUUCCAAAGCGGCCGUCAAACACCUCACAAAGAGGGAAGCCAAGGUCACAUCAGUUGCUACGGCCCAGCCCAACCUGGAUGACAAAGCCACUCUCAGUCGCUCCCUUCAGGCUGCUGCCAAGGGCUGGCCAACCCUGGAGAUGCUCCAUUUCCUCAACCACCUGCAAGUGCACGGACCUGCCAUGCUGGAAAAUGGCCUGCGGUUCCAGCUGGAGGUGCAGAAGUUCAAGAAUGCCCAUCGCAGCGGUCCCAACAGGGCCUUCCUGCGGAGGAAGGUUCGGGUGAUCCGGGACUGCUUCCUCCUCUCCCAGUUAGAGCCCAAACUGCAGUUGGCCGUGGACACAGAGAAGCUGGAGAGGGCUGUGCAGACGAUUGAGCGCGCCCUGCUCAAGGAUGUGCCUCUGCCGCCUCCAGGGCUGUUUGAUGAGCUGUGCGACUCAGUCCUCAGCAGCCUCCUGCCAUACUGGGCUGCCUUCCGGAAAGCCUGGCUGCAGAGGUCACCCGAGAGUGCUCACAGACCCCCUGUGCUGAGACGCCAACAGCUCCUGCAGCACAGACAGGCCUCCUUUGAAAGGCCCCAAAGCCCUCUGCCACCGGUCCAAUUGCCUCUGUUGCAGCAGCCCUUGGCCAUCCAGAGGAACGCUGGGGGUUUGACUUACACCUUCUCCAUCAGUAAAGGCAUUACUGUGAAGGUUCCCAGCAGAGACCUUACAAGCACGAGCAGUACCUCCGCAUCCAGAAAUGGAAAAAGGUCACCGACACCACGGCUCCCAUCUCUUCCCACAGUGCCGGUGCUCUUUUGAAGAGGACAGCAAGCGCUCUGUAUUCCAGCACUAGAGACUCUUUGUUAAUGCUACCAAGGGGAAAAGCAAUGAGGUGGUGGCUGGAGAAAGGGAAAAGCUCUGAGAAAGCACUGAGCUGCUCUACCACAGGGUAAGGAAACAGGCUGAAGGGCAACCUGUGGUGAGCAGCAACCUGCACUGCUGGAGGGGUGAUGAAAUGGCCUGUGCUGUCUCUUGGCAGCAAGGGCAGAUACCAAGGGACCUCAACUCACUGUUCUCUUUGCAAUAAGCCCUGUUUUAACCUCCCUGGCUGGAAGGAGCUUUUACUGAACCAGAGCUGGAAGGAGCUUUUACUGAACCAGACAGCCUGAGGCAACUGUCUGCAUCCUCGCUGUGGUUGUAGAAGCUGUUAGUGCUUUGGGGAAGUACAGGCAGAUAGCUGGGAGCAUUGCCAGCCCCUGAAGGCUCACUCUAUUCCUUCUGCUCCCAAGUCCUCCUGUUAACAUCAGGCACUUACACAAGUGCAAGAUCCUGCCCUCUGCAGAACCAACUUCCUGGCACUUAGAAAAGAUGUAUAGGAGCAGCACGAAGACCAGCACGAAGACCACUUCCUGCUACAUCCUCUUGACUUAUGGUACCCAUUCAUAUCUAUACGAAGAUCAAGCACUAGGCAAACACCUUCAUCUGCAGAACCUGCCUUACAAAUCCACGUUGCACGUAGUUGCAGUGCGUGGGGGCAGUGCGGUGCCCCACUGGCCAAAGGGCUGAUUGUUCCUGAGGCCUGUAUGUGCGGCUCAGCUCUCUCCUGGCUACGUGGCAUUUAUUUGAACCCUCUCUCCUCCAAUCACUU